GAAAAUUCGGCUAUUUAGAAAAUAAAGAUUAAUUAACACAUGUGAUACAGUGUAUGCAGACUCGCCACCGGUCAUUGUCUUCCACACUCAACAGACGUCCUUGCUUCUCACUAAAAACCAGAAACAAUAAACAUCUUUCAAAGUCGACUGCCUCCAGAUCUCCAUUAAAACGACCAAAACCUAAAAACGGAGCAAACAGGAACCUCGGCGAGCCCUUAAGGCAUCUCCGACGUGUAUAAAACCAGCCGUCGAUUCAUUUCGAAUCAGUUCAGCGAGUACUGAUCGAAUCAGCAGCGCCAAACUACCCCAUCAACAUGCACGUCUUCAUCGCCUUCUCCGCCAUUCUGGCCUGCACCGCCGCCACCACCACCACCGGAUUCAUCACCCCCAUAGCGGCCUUCGCCGCCCCGCUCUCCAGCCAGUACCACGCUCAGGACACCUUGGGACAAUACACCUACGGCUACACCAACCCUUUGUCCGCCAAGUCCGAGGCCAGAUCAAUCGACGGUUCGGUGUUGGGCAGCUACAGCUACGUGGAUCCCAACGGUAAAAUUCAAUCCGUGGAGUAUGCAGCUGACCAGGGAGGCUUCAGGGUGGCCGCUUCCAAUCUGCCGGUAGCGCCGGUAGCCGCUGAAAUACCAACCUUGGCCGUGCCGGUACCUGUACAAGACACGCCGGAGGUGAUCGAAGCGAGGAACCAGCAUUUCGCCGCCGUGGAGGAAGCUAAGAACCGGGCUGUAAAUGAAGCGGUGCAAACUGAAGUUGGUAAUUCCGUGGAUAUUCCAGCUGCAAGAUCCGCUAUCGCUUUGAAAUACGGCGAAACACCCGUCGCUAUAUCAUCGAGCAUUCCAAUUACUGCUCAGUACCUACCAGUAGCUUACAGACCGACGGUAGCAGUGAAAUCGUUCGUGACUCCGGCGAUAGCGGUGAAAUCCAGCCCGGCUUCGACUGCGUUCAGCUACUCUUACGGCAUCGAUGGUUUGUACAAUUACGCCCCUGCUAUCUACUACCCCGGUUACACCACUUUCGCCAGCCAUUUCGCCACCCACCAGCCGGACGUUAACGUCGUCGGAGACGCUGCGAUCGUGGAGAACGCGGAGCUGGCCAUCAAGGAGAGGAGCGAGGAAAAGGGCGAGAAGAGGUCCCAGUGAAUCGUGUAAUUAGGUUGUAUAAAGUUUAUGUUAACGCGAGGUUUUCUUUGGAUAUUG